GUUUAUCAUACGUUAACAUUUUAGGCACAAGGGCCUCACAUGCAACAGCAUGUUGGCUACUCUGUUUUAUGGACACGGUUAAAUCAGUGCCGAACGACAAAAGUUUACAGCUGGAUUGAUUGCUUGCAAAGUAUUAAGGAUUAUUUCUUCUUUAUACAAGUGAAGGGUGAAUUCUUUCUUAGCCUCUGCAAACAACUACUAAGUAUACGAAGGAACAUGAUGGCCUGUCUUAUUAUGAGAUGCAUUUACACUAUUCUUGCCGUCGGUUGUGUGUGUUAUGGACAUGAAACAUGGACGUGCACGACAAACACAGAUGCGCUCGUGAAAAACACGUGUCCAAAGGAAAUGGAAGAGAAAAUUCGUGCAUUAGAAGUUCAGGUACAACAACUCCAGAAGCUUGUUAAAGAACAAAACACUUCUGUGUUUACGACUAUAGAAGGCUUUCCGAAAGACUGUUCAGAAAUAUAUAGGAAUGGAACAAGGACAGACGGAGUUUACUCUAUCUCACCAGAUGGAAGGUGCCCAUUCUUUGUGUAUUGCGACAUGACGAACGGGGGCUGGACUUUGAUCCAGAAUCGGGUUGACCGUAAGGUAAACUUUUACCGGUCCUGGGACGACUACGUUAGUGGAUUUGGUGAUAUUGACGGAUCUCAUUGGCUAGGCUUGGAGAAGAUACACCGUUUGACGCGAGAUGGCUGCCAAAUAUAUUUCGAUAUGGAGAAUUUUGAUGGGACAAAAGAUUAUGCACAUUACAAGGUGUUUACCGUUCACGAAGCGGCAACUGGAUACACUAUGAACGUAGAUGCCUUUAAUUAUGAAGGUAGCAUUGACGAACUGCUGAGUUACCAUAACAAUAUGAAAUUCUCAACGUAUGACAGGGACAACGAUAUGGCUUCAAUCAAUUGCUGCCUCGAGCGUUUAGACGGGGGAGGAUGGUGGUACAAAAACUGUUACAAAUUGGGAAACAUGAAUGGAGUGUUCGGUAAAAGAUCAGAGGGUGGUAUCUGCUACUGGACAACAAAGAGCGUUCCUAUAAAAAAGGUCACCAUUAAGGUGAAAGACAUGAUUGGUCAAUGUUAAAUUACUGGCGACGAUAUAUAUAUAUUCCAUAUCUAUUUUAUCUAUCCAAUCGUGAACGUUCAUUUGCAAGACGUGACCGUACAAUGUAUUACCUUAUUGGACGCACGUGCGAACAAAAACCUGUAUUUUCCCGUAUUUGGGCGGCUCAACAGUCCAAUGUUAAACACACGAUCAAGCCCGAAACGCUUGAAAAUGUUCCUAAUGUAUAUUGGGGGAAGUAGGGGCUCUAUGUACAGUUAGAUUAUGCGUCUUGAAAUGAGGAAGGCAGAAAUACAAUAUUCAGUGAAUCAUUUUUAAUUUAAAAAUAAAAUAGAUAUUCUGAAUAAAAAAGGUUAUUUAACAUUGAACUGAACAAUACGAGAUAUAUAUUUGGACUCGUACCCAGUUAGGAAAAGCAUAUUUGACUCACCCAGCGGGUCGUCCAAUAUGGUUUACUCAGCUGGGUACUCGUCCAAAUAUUGCACAAAACAAUCUUAAAUAACCUGAUAAUAUAUUAUGUCUAUAUUAAUCUUUGUAUGGUUUUGGCGUUAAAUACAAGAGCAAACUCCAUGGUUGUACAAAAUUAUGAGCGUAAAUAACAUCGUUUCUCGAGUUAUACAUUUGUUCAUAUUAAUAUUUUAUUUUCAGGUUUUCAACUUUAAUUUCAUAGUAUAUCAGUUAUCACGGAUGAAAUGCACUGAUUGCGAUUUCGUUUGUAGAAUUUUUAACAUUAUUCACUCCAUUAAAGACUAAUGUUUGUGAUAAAAUCUGUUAUAGGUUGCAAAGUUCUUUGUACUGUUAUGUUUAUGAAGUUAUUUUCUGCCUUCAUGAAUGUAUUACCUUUAAAAGCCGAUAUGUUGCUUGUAUUCAUUGUCUUACCCUUGAAUGACCAUUAGAGAGGCUACUUAUAGGGUCUGAACACUUGGUUUUGCUGUAUUCUUGUGAUUCCAGCGGGUAUAAAUGUUUUGAUUCCAUACAGAGUUUCGUUUUCUUAUAAAUGAGAUACGAAACCACAAUGUUUGUUCCAUUACGAACUUUUGGUAACAUCGACCUAACGGAAAAUUUAUAAAUUAGUCUUUAUAAACAAAGAAGGAUAAAAUUACUUAAAUAUAAAUAGAAAAAUGUCUAUUUGGAAAUUCAAAAGACGGUAUCCCACAAAUUAAAGUAUAUUUCUUUCCGGAUCGUAUGAAUAUUUUUGACGCCAUAUAACAUAUACUGUGGUGGUGCACCAUAAAUCCAAAAUCAAAUCAAAUUUAAUCAUUUAAGAGCGACCUCAGUGAUCCAGUGAUAACACUCUUUGAUUACGAAAAUAGGGGUCGUGAGUUCAGAGCCCCCGCUCCGCCAACUAAAUAUUACUAACAUUGGGAUUAGAGUCCCAUAUACAUGUAUGAGUGCUUUAUACCUGGCACACUAAAGAACCAGGGAAGCUUCUGAAGUUGGAGCGUCUUCUGUAUCUUGCACUAUCCUCCUACUAGCAUUGCUAACAGUCUUCUGGAAGAGUCGCCCGUAUUGAUUACCGGUGGCGACUAUAAAUAAGCUUUAAACCAAACAAUUAAUCAUUUGCAUCAAGAUUCCCUUACUUUUAUAAUUCUUUUAUAAUAUAUAUAAUAUGCUAAUCGAAAAUAUAUGAGAAAUUUCAAAAAUGUACAAUUAGUUGUAUGAAAGAUAUUGACAAAGUUAUCGAUGGAGCCAAAGAAGUUCCGUAAGUGUAUUUUAUCGCAGGAAUGUUGAUAGUUAUCUUGAUAUACCGUCUAUGUUUUUUUUGACAAGUAAUCAGUUUUGGUAUAGCUAGAUUGUAUGAAAACAUUCGUCCUUAAUAAGAAAAAAAACGUCGUUAUUGUGUAAUACAGUGUGAUUAAGUUUAUCAUUCACUAGUUUAACAGUUAUGUUCGAAUACUGUCGGCAAUUAGUGUUUGUGUACAGUAGCCUAAAACUUCCUAUUAUAAGACACAUAUUUCUUAUGUUGUGUGACGUAGUAGAUGUCCUUCUAAAAUAUAUAUCAAAGCAUGUGAAAAAUGUUAUUCAUUUUCACAAUAUAAUUUUAGUAUAGAACAUUGCAUAAUAGAAGUUUUACAGUUAAAAAGGAUAGAAAUAUCUUUAAUCAAAAUAUGUGCUGUGUAAUAAUCCUCGCGGCCUUCACAAAUACAAAUAUGUAAGAAGAGUCUCGAGAAAGCAGGCAUAUUAUUGUGAUUUACCGUAUUGUAAGUUGUUUUCUCUGGUUGGAAAUUUUUACCUUUUUUUUUUAGAUUUUGUUAGAUAAUAUUUAAAGGCAAAUACAGUGAAGGUUUCAGUUCCAUAUUUGUUUCUUCUGUUCCCACUGUUCAUACAUUAAUUGGCAAUCUAUGGUCUUUUUCCUUUGACCUGUGUCGUAUCUCGGGUGUAUUUGGACUAGCGUCAAAUUAGAAAGUGUUUAAAGGUAACCAUAUAAAAGCCGCAUUUUUAAUGAUCGUAUACAGUGUAACCUCUGUAGAGCAACACCCUUAGGGAGAUACAAAUGUUAACUGUUAUGUAGAGGUUGUUGUUCUGGAGAGGUAAAUUUGUUAGUAUAUUUCAGCUUUAUAUGGAUAUUUUGAUGAUGUUGUUAAAGAGAGGUUUUUGCUUAAAAGAGGACUGCUAUAGAGAGGUUGAACUGUACAAAUAAAUAAUAACUUUUC